AUGGCGGCUCGCGGCGUGUGGUUUUUGACCCGUUUGCCCCUGUGUUCUCAGAGAAGGAGCCGCGUCCCGCGCUCUAUUCCCAGGCACCUCAGUUGUCCAGGGACUGUAACCGCGAACGUCGGAAGCGAAGAACAGCCUUCGGGGAUUGCCGAGACAGGCUCUGAAGACCGGACCUUCCAGAAGAGAUUCUCUGAGGUUCAGAAAGAGAGAAGAGAACAGGCCCUGCGGACUGUUUUGAUACAUUGUCCAAAUAAUAUCAGUGAGAAAAAGUUUCUCAAGUAUCUAUCCCAGCAUGGACCAAUUAAUAAUCAUUUCUUCUAUGAGAGCUUUGGUCUGUAUGCUGUUGUAGAAUUUUGCACAAAAGACAGUAUAAACUCAUUGCAGAAUGGAACACAUACUCCAAGCCAGAGCACAGAGGCUAUAAUUCCCUUUAAGUCACGUUUCUUGAACUUAAAGCUGAAGAACCCAUCUAACCAGAUCUCUGAACAGUCAUUUGCACACACAAACAGCCAGUCACCUCCUUCAAACAAGAAGCUCUUUGAAUUACUGAGUUAUGCAGAAAGCAUAGACGAUCAGCUGAACACUCUCCUGAAGGCCUUCCAGCUCACAGAGGAGAAUGUUAGGCUCCGCCAUCUCACCUGCUCUCUCAUCGAGGACAUAGCUGCUGCAUAUUUUCCUGGCUGUGUCAUCCGGCCCUUCGGCUCCUCCGUGAACACAUUUGGCAAAUUAGGAUGUGAUUUGGACAUGUUUUUAGAUCUAGAUGAAGUGGGAACCCUCGAUGUCCACAAGAAUGCAGGGAAUUUUUUGAUGGAAUUUCAAGUGAAAAAUGUUCCUUCAGAAAGGAUUGCAACCCAGAAGAUCCUGUCUGUAAUAGGAGAGUGCCUUGACAACUUUGGCCCUGGCUGUGUGGGUGUUCAGAAAAUACUAAAUGCUCGAUGUCCACUUGUGAGAUUCUCCCAUCAGGCCUCUGGAUUUCAGUGUGAUUUGACUGCUAACAAUAGUAUUGCUUUGAAAAGUUCCGAACUCCUUUAUAUAUAUGGCUCCCUGGAUUCAAGAGUAAGAGCGUUGGUGUUCAGUGUGCGGUGCUGGGCUCGGGCACAUUCAUUAACAAGCAGUAUUCCUGGUGCUUGGAUUACAAACUUCUCCCUAACAGUGAUGGUCAUCUUUUUCCUCCAGAGAAGAUCACCCCCCAUUCUUCCAACUCUGGAUUCCCUAAAAUCCCUAGCAGAUGCUGAAGACAGAUGCGUACUAGAAGGGAACAAUUGUACGUUUAUCCGGGACUUGAAUAGAAUUAAACCUUCUGGAAACACAGAGACAUUAGGAUUACUACUGAAGGAAUUUUUUGAGUAUUUUGGCAAUUUUGCUUUCAAUAAAAAUUCCAUAAACAUUCGACAGGGAAGGGAGCAAAACAAGCCCGACUCCUCUCCUCUGUACAUCCAGAAUCCUUUUGAAACGUCACUCAACAUAAGCAAAAAUGUGAGUCAGAACCAGCUACAGAAAUUUGUGGAUUUGGCCAGAGACAGUGCCUGGAUUUUGGAACAGGAAGAAAAGGAUCAGCCUUCCCCCUCGAGUAGGCAGCCCUGGGGGCUGGCUGCCCUCCUGCUGCCACCUGGGGCAGGCCACACAUCUCUCUCCAAGAAGAAGAAGAAAAAGCCGAUGAGUGAAAAAGUCAAAGGCUUGUUAGCAUCCAUAAAAAGUGGCAGCGCAGAGAGUUCCACGGGCACCCAUGGAAAGAGAACAGUCAGUACACAGGCGUGAUGGCAACCACUUCCGACUUCUGGGAAGAACGACUGUGAAACUUCGACAGGCCUUAACAUCUAUCUGAUGGCAUUUGUCACGGUCUCACACCCUUUUACUUGAUCUGGAGUUCUGGAUAUUUCCUUCCAAUCAGGUAGACUUUUAUUAAAAUAUCAGUGGCAAAGAAUAUGCAAAAGACCUACUUGAACGCUGCAAAGUGGACAGUAAGAAUGGAUUUCAUCAG